AGGAAAUUUUUUUUUAAUUUUGGUAAAAACUUAUCAAAAUAUAUAAUUGAAUUAUUUGAAGAAUUUAGUGUUUUCUUGUUUUAUUCAAUUGUCCACGGUUAUGAUAUCAAACCAUAACUGAGCAAUUUGGAAAUUUUCUAACGUAUGAACAUGAUAGCUACAGUAGUGGCCAUGACAACAAAAACAGAGAAUGACUGGGUAGUUUUUUUUUUUUAAAUCCUUCAAAAUAUGUUUUAAUACGUCCUUAAAUAUAUAAAUUCAUAUUUAUAAAUAGAUUUAAAUAGUAUUUCAUUUUAAAAAUCCUCAAUUUAUCAAAAUGAAAAUUACAGUAACAACUCACGACGACAACUUAUUUGUAUUAGACGUGAACGAUGAUUUAGAACUUAAUAAUUUUAAAGCUCUCUGCGCAAUGGAAACUGGAAUCCAAUCUGAUCAGAUUGGCUUAACUCAUAAUGGACAGCUCUUAGUUGAUGAUUUCAAAGCAAUGAAAACACUUGGAGUUCAUGAUGGAGAUGUCAUCAUAAUUCAAAGGCUUACAAACAGUUCAACUAGUUCAAACAGUGGUUUUGUAAACCCCAGUACUAAUAUUAUGCCGCAAUUCGACUUUAGCCGUAUUGAAGUUCCUGGAACAUCUGGUGGAAAUCAACCUGCCAGGCAAAAUCAAAUGGAAGAUGCUGAGUAUGUUAGAAAAUUGUUCCUUUCUAGUCCAGAUCAACUGGCCCUUUUAAAACAAAACAAUCCAAGAUUAGCCGAUGCUCUCUCUUCAAAUAAUUUAGAAGAAUUUGCUAAGGUCAUGGCAGAACAAAUGGAAGAACGUAAUAGACGAGAAGAUCAAAGAAUUAGAAUGCUUAAAGCACACCCCUUUGAUUCUGAAGCUCAAAAAUUGAUUGCUGAAGAAAUAAGGCAGAAAAAUAUUGAAGCUAACAUGGAAGCAGCAAUGGAAUAUAAUCCAGAAAUGUUUGGAACUGUUGUGAUGUUAUAUAUCAAUUGUAAAGUUGAUGGACAUCCAGUUAAAGCUUUUAUUGAUUCUGGUGCUCAAACUACUAUUAUGUCAUCUGCCUGUGCUGAAAGGUGUAAUAUUAUGAGAUUGGUAGAUAAUAGAUGGGCUGGUAUUGCAAAAGGUGUUGGUGUACAGAAAAUAAUUGGUAGAAUACAUAUGGUUCAAGUAGCAAUUGAAAAUGAUUUUUUGACUACUAGUUUUUCUGUCUUAGAAGAGCAACCUAUGGAUAUGCUUCUUGGAUUAGAUAUGUUAAAAAGACAUCAAUGUUGUAUUGACUUGAAAAAUAAUGUGUUGAGAAUUGGAACUACAGGAACUGAAACGCCAUUCUUAGCUGAAAAUGAAUUACCAGACUGUGCUAGGUUAACUACAUCUAGUGAUUAUGAUGGAUCAAAGAAAGAGGAUAAAGAAUUAAAGAAAGCCUUAGAGGAAAGUAAAAAAUUAUAUCAAAGUGGAGAAAGUAGCAACAGUUCUAGUCAGUCCUUCAAAGAAUCUGAUAUAAAUGAACUAGUCAAUUUAGGUUUCUCUAGAGAACAGGUUAUACAAGAAUUGAAUAGAUUUAAUGGUAAUAAAAAUCAAGCAAUGGCAUCUUUAUUUGCAAAAAUCUUGAAAUUUUGACAUUAUUAUACUGAAACACUAAUUAAAAAAAAUUUAACCAUUAAAUGUGUUCCCUCUUUUUAUUUUAAUAUUAGUUGAUUCCAGAUUUGUUUAAUCUUUAAUAACAUUAUUGUUCUAUAAAACUAAAUAAUUUCAUUGUAUCAGGGAAAAAGAUAUACAUACAUAUAAUUAAAAUCUUAAUUGUAAAUUAUUAUUUGAUAUGGUUUAUUUAGUUAUUGUACAAAUUUGGUAUAGGUCGUUCAUACUAAAUUCAUUUCUAUAAUUGAUUAUUAUAAUUCAUUUUUUUUUAUUAUGAGAAUAUUUAUACUCUUUCUUCCUCAGUGUAUAAAAUAUCUAAUAGUAAGUAAGCUAUUUGGCACAAUAAUAAUAUAUCAUGACUGUUAAAAUUA